AUGCAAAUUCAGAAGCUCAAGAUACUUAUGAUAGGUCCUUCUGAAAGUGGCAAGUCUUUGCUAGCCAAUUUCAUAUCAGAGGCUGUGAAUUUUGAAGAUUCUGAACCGCGUCCAACUCAGGGUGUUAGAAUCGUCGAAUUCGAACUGCCAAAUCUAAGUAUAAACGACAAACAGUGCAAGGUCGAUAUUGAACUUUGGGACUGCAGCGGUGAUCAUAAGUUUGAAUCCUGCUGGCCUGCUCUUCGUGUUGGUGUCAACGGUGUUAUAUUUGUAUGUUCGUCUAACUCAACGAAUGGACCACGAGAAUUGGAACUUUUGUACAACUAUUUCGUGUCGCAACCAAAAUUAUCUACAAAACAGUGUGUUGUAUUCUGCAACUGUACCAACGGCCAAGAGGAUGAUGGUGUUUUGAACUUAUCUCCGACGUUUUCAAGAGUUUCCCAAGUAGCAAUCAACAUGAAUACAAGAAGAGAUCGCGUAAAAUUAGAUUUCAUAAAUUUUGUGUCAUCGAUUUUACAAUCCAUUUCUCAAAGUGAAAUUUAA